AUGGAGAUUCCACCACUUCCAACUACCGUCGUGCUACAUCUUCCCAGCGUCACCCAUCACAUCCGACAUCGACCCGACCAACUUUAUGUUUGGGGUUUCUAUCUUUACCGGACAACCUACCGCGACCAGGCGUUAUGGGAGCGCUACGUCACGUACUUACGCGAAUGCAUGCUGGGAGACAUCUCAUAUGAUGCAAACGCUACCUAUAUUCGGCCCUACCAUCGCCUGUCAAUAGUCGAAGACCCCGAACUCGACGGCAUGUCGAUCUGGAACGUCAUGCUGCGGUUUCAAUCUUGGGUUGGAGGUCUAUCUCAUAGUGCCGACCCGGAGCAAGAAAUUCCGAUUAUCGAAAAACGCGACCACAGUCGCUUCGGUUACUGCCUGAUUGUCGACGAUGACUGUUUAAGAUCUUUCGAAGCACAGACUGGGAAGCCCACAAUCAACAGCGUCUACAUCAAGGCCGUUGAUUGCCGGCCAUUUGCUCGCCACUCCUCAGAUGAUGGAGGCGAUGACACGGGUAGCGGUAAACAUGAUCAAGAGGAUGAGGACUCGAGUUGGAUGCUUGUAAGCUGUAAUUUUGUAUGGCCUCUCUACGAUAUGCUGGACUCUGGAUUUGAGUGGGAAAGGCAAUCUCGCUCCGUCCGGUACCCCAAAAAGCGUCCAUGGGAUGGCUGA